AAUAAAUACUAUAUAUUUAAAUUUAUAUAAAUAUUUUUAAAUAAUUUAUAAAUUAAAAUAAUGGAUGAAUCGGAAUUAGUAGCAUUAUUAUCAGAACUUGGUUCAUGGAAAAGAAAUAAAAGCAAUAAUGAUAAUGAUAACAAUAACAAUAACAAUAACAAUAAUAACAAUAACAAUAUAAAACAAUUAAAUAAAAAUAUAAAAAAAAAUUUUCAAUUAAAUAAAGAACAGGAAGAUUUAACCAUACAAAAUGAAUAUGACAGUAACAGCAACAGAACAUUUGAAUGUGGCGAGGAUUGUCUAGAGGCUGCAAGAAUUUUAUAUCGUAUGCUAAAGGAAGAUGACGAAAUUGAUAGAGCAGUGUUUCAUUAUCUUGGUAAAAAUAAUAUUGUAAAAAAUAAAUUGAUUCCAUUACUUAUUACCCAAGCAUCAAAUACAGAUUUGGUUAUUUCAAUUUUGAGAAUUUAUGUAAAUUUAACAUAUCAAUUACCAAUUAAUAUCGAAUCAUAUGAAAUACCAAAACAAAAUUUAUAUAUGUUAAAUUUUAAAGAAUCAUUUUUAAAUAGAGAACUUUUGAAAACUUUUUUAAGAAUUUUAAACGAACCAAUGACUAGAUUAUCUUUAUCAAGCGGGUCAAAUCAAGACUAUUUAAUUAUAGAGUUGAUUUUAACUUUAAUCAAAAAUGUAUUACAAAUUCAAGACCCAAUUUCAUCAGUUUCAUUAGAAUUUGAAUAUCGUUGUCAUAUGCAUAGUAAAUUAAUAGAGUUAUUAGAAGAAUCUGAAAUUUUAGAAUUAUUUUUAAUUUUAUCAGAAACCAUUAAAAAAGAUAAAAUUUUUAAAUCAAUUACCAACUACUCACUUUUAUUAUUGGAAAUUUUCACUUUAUUAUUAAAAAAUGAUACUCCAAACGAAAUUUGGUCAAAUGAAUCAACAACAUCAACCCCAUCAUCAGCAUCAACAUCAACUUUAAAUGAUGAAUUAGAAAAAAAAGAAAGUUUAAUAAAUUUAUUAAAAAAAGAAAAAAAAUUGUCAACAAAAUUAAUUACAAAUUCAAACACAAGCAGAUUUAUUGGUGCAUAUUCAAGUUUUUCAAAUGUUGAUGGCAAAAAGAUUAUAAAUAAAACUUUACCAGAUUUAGCAACCCAAAAUGCAAUUAGACCAACCAAUCUACACAGUGGUGUUUUCAAUUCCUCCCUAUUAUCAAGUCGUGUAAAAGCUAUUGGUGAAAGAAAAAGAACUCCAUCCUCUUUACAAGUUAGAUCCAUCUUAAAGAAUUGGUCUGAACAGUUCCUGGACGGAAGCUAUGAUAAUUUAAUGUCCAUUAUUAUUCAAGAGUUUGCUAAAGACGAUAACCAAAUUUUAGAUAGCGAAAAACUUAAUUUCCUUUUGCUAACAAAGUUUUUCACUGGUUUUUCCCUACAACUCUUAAGAUAUGUUUCAAAACAACAAGAAGAAAAGAAGAAGAACCAACAAAUGGAAAAAGAAUUAGAAGAAGGUGUUGACAAAAGAUUUGAACCACAAGACGAUGACGAGGAGGCUGAUGAAAUUGGUGUUGAUAAGUUUACAAUUGAUAAUAUUAUUGGGUCAUUAUCUUCAACAUUAUCAAUUUCAAAUUUCCAAUUUAUCUUUGGUUGUUGUUCCACUUACCAGACCACAAAGAAUAACCUAUCGCUCGAAAUUUGUGUUAGCACUCUCAGAGAAAUGAUAUCUUUGCUAAACUAUAUGUCUCAUUCAUCUGUUGAAGAAUAUAUUAAAAUCUCUUAUGAAAUGCAGUCAAGUAUCUAUUAUGACCGUGACGCUUAUCUUAAGCUUAUUGUAACUUUAAUGCGUAAUUAUCAACCAUCAAUCUUUAGUAAAUCAAUGAUAAUCGAUUUAAUUGAUUUGGCUCACACAACAAUAACAAUGGUCGAAAAUUUUUGUAAAAAGAAUCAAUCUAUUGUAGUAAAAUCAAAGAGACAAUCAAAGAAAGCAAAAAGAUUAAAUGAAGCUGAUGAUCAAGCCAUUAAAGAAGAUGAUAAUGAUGACGAUAGUACCAAUAAAAAGGAUGAAGAAGAAAAUGAAGAUAAUGAAGAUCAAGAAGAAGAAAUAGAGAAUCAAGUUAAAUCAAGUAUGGAUUUUGAAUCAUUUAUGGCAGAAUUUGCAAACUAUGAUAUCAUCAGAAAUAUUGCCUUAGUAUUGGGUUGCUAUCAUACAAACUCUGAUAUUUUAAAUUAUCAAAUCAUUGAAAUUUACAAGAGAAUCGCUCAAGAUUUGGAUUUAGAGCCAAUGUUUUAUCAAAUUUCUUUGUUUUAUCUCUUUAAGAACCUUUUAAACGAUCCAUUGAUCAUAUCAAAGGAUAAAAACUCUAAACAACUCUUCCAAGUUAUUAAUCAAAUCCUAACAAACUAUUUCAAAGCUGUCGAAACAAAUCAAACCCUUUUAAUUGAUAUUUUAAUACCAAAGCACAAAACUGAUUGUUUUUAUAUCAACAAUAACAAACAUCAACCUGGUCUUGAAGAUGAAAUUGGUGGUAUCCCUCAACAAAAUGAAGAAGAUGAAGAUAGCUCAUUAACAAUUUCAAAAGAAACUGGUAGAUUAAAAAAAAUGAAAUCAGAUGACAGUGAUGAUGGUGAAAACUACUUUGAAGAUGAAGAUAAAAUGAUAUUGCAAAAUGUAAUUUCAAAAUUAGAAGACUCUUUAGAUCGUGAAAGAUUAACAUCAAUUGUUCAAAAAAUCAACUCUACCAAAAAUGGUUCAACUAUUAUCGAAUGGCUUCAAGAUCACUUAUUAAAUGCAAUCACCAAAAGAAAUAAAGAAAAGAAUAACCCAAAAUACACUCUCUAUCAACUCGAGUAUAAUGAAAAUCAAAACUAUAAUACAAAUAGGCAAUUAGAUAUUCUAUUUAAAAUCGUUUUAAAGUUUAAGCUUCCAAUUUCAAAAACAGAUAACUAUUCAAUUCCAGAAUUUAAAAUUUAUUCCCCAUCUUAUUUAACAACAAUAUAUGAAACUAUCAAAGAAGCUUUAUUAAAUCAAGAAAAUGAAAAAAUAGAAAAAUUAAAGAAAAAAGAAAUUUUAGAAAAAGAGAAAUUAAAUAAAUUAAAUAAAAAGGAAAAAAGAAAAUUGAAAAGAGUAAAAGAUGAUGAUGAUGAGGAAAAAGAAGAAAUUAUGAAUGACGACCAAGAAGAGGUUAUGAACGAUGAUCAAGAGGAAGUUUUGAAUGAAGACCAAGAAGAGGUUAUGGACGAUGAUCAAGAAAAAGAAAUAACCAAAGUUAAAAAAAAUAAAAAAGAUAAAAAGAAAUCAAAGAAACAUAAAAAAGAAUAUGUCGAAGAAGAUCAAGAAGAAAAUAAUGAAGAGGUUGAGGAAGAGCAAAUUGUGAAUGCUGAAGAAGAACAAGUUGAGGAAGAGGGAGAUGAUCAAGUUGAAGAAACUAAAGCAGAAAGAAAAGCAAGAAGAAAAAUAGAGAAAGCAGAAAAGAGAGCCAGAAAGAAAGAAAAGAGAGAAAAGAAAGAAAGAAAAAGAAAAGAAAAAAUGGAACUAGAGGAACAAGAAAUGGAAGAGGUUGAGGAAGUGGAAGAGCAAGAAAAGGAAAGAGAGGAACAGGAGGAACAAGAAAUAGAAGAGGCCGAGGAGGUAGAAGAGCAAGAGGAGGAAGAACAGGAAAUUAAAAAAGAUAAAAAGAAAAAAAAGAAGAAAGAGAAAAAAAAUAAACUAAAAGAUGACAAAGAAGACGAUGAAGAUUUUGAACCAUUAUUCCCAGAAAGUGAUGAUGAUAAUAUUGAAAAAGAAAGUUCAAAAAAAAGAAAAAACAUAUCAAAGAAAACAAAAAAAGAAUAUAGAGAAGAAGAAGAAAAUCAACAAAACCAACAAGAAAAGGUACAAGACCAACAACAAGAUGAACAAAAAGAAGAUCAAACAGAAAAGGCACAGGAUCAACAACAAGAAAAGGAUCAACAAGAGCAACCAGAAAAGGUACAAGACCAACAAGAAUAUCAACCAAAAAAGGUACAGGAGCAACAAGAUCAACAAGAAAAGGUACAGGAUCAACAAGAUAAUCUACCAGAAAAGGUACAAGAACAAGAUCAACAAGAAUAUCAACCAGAAAAGUUUAAAAUUUUUAUUGAUUUUUUAAAAAUUAUAUGCACAUCGGGGCAAAAUGGCGGGAACUUAUUGAUGACUUGCGGUCACAAAUUAAUACUAAUUAUAAAUAGUAAUAGUAACAAUAUUAAUAACAAUAAUAAUUUUAGUAGUAAUAAUAAUAAUUUUAUAAUCACAAUUAAAGAAAUAUUUUAA